AAGUCCACUACAGACUACAAACUUCAAAGCAAUUUAAUUCCUUUCCCGCGGACCCCGGCCCUCUCACUUCCUUCGUGACUCUCUCUUUCUCUCUCUUUACCUUUUUCUCUCUCUAAUGUCCACCGCCGGUGCCGAUCCCCCAUUCUCUCCGACCGGCGUAGGCCUCGGCUACGGAAUCGCCAUCGCCGUUAGCAUCCUCGUCCUCAUCUCCACCAUCAUGCUAGCCUCCUACGCUUGUGUUCGAGUCAAAGCCUCAGGAGCAGCCCGCCGGAAUCGGCUUCCGACGACGACCACAACCACCAUCACUUCGUCGGAGCCGGUAGUCCUGGUUAUGGGCCUGGACGGGUCGAUCAUCGAGUCGUACCCGAAGAUAGUGGUCGGAGAGAGUCGGAGGCUUCCCAAGCCCAACGAAGGGCCGUGUUCGAUUUGCCUUUCGGAGUACCAGCCCAAUGAUAGCCUACGGUGCAUCCCAGAGUGCAAUCACUGUUUCCACUCCGAUUGCAUCGAUGAAUGGCUCCGGAUGACCGCCACGUGUCCCAUGUGUCGGAACUCUCCUGCGCCUUCUUCGGCCAACACGCCGCUCGCCACUCCUCAGUCUGAGUUGGUGCCGCUGGCUUUCCAUGUCAGGAUUAUUUAUUAUAAUAGAUUUAAAAGGAAAUUAAAAAGAAAUGAAAUGAGGGAAAAAUGAUUUUUUUUUUUUUUUUUGGGUGGUUAAUUUUAUGAUUUUGGGAGCUCUGGAUAGUGGAAUAUGUUAACUAUAGAAUAAAACAAACAGGAUUUGCAUAAUCUUAAAAAAAAACGUUAAAUUAUAAAUCAGACUUUGCAAAUUAUGAAGAAAAAGAAUGUAAAAAAAUAAAAAUUAGAUGCAUGAAAUAUUGAAGAAAGAGGGUGGGAGACAGACAGAAAAGUGGUUGGGUUGGUAAAAUGUAAGGAAAAGAAAUGAAAAUUGUGGUUGGGAACUUGGGAAUUGGGUUUUUUGGGGACAUAAAUUGCAUUAAAGUUCACAUUCAAUACAAGACCGUGGGAGUGGCGUAGUUUGCGGUGGGAUUGAUACGCUCCACUUUUUUAAAUUCUCCAAGUCAAAGUGUAUUGAUAUUUUUAUUUUAUUUUUUUAUUUUUUGAGGUCCUUGCUUCUCGAAAUUAAGAUAUAUACACAUACAUACGUAUAUAUGUAUAUAUAUAUUUUGCUCUAUAUUCACAUUAA